GAUAAUUUUGUCAUAUACUUAAAUCAAAGAAAUUUUUAUAAGCACUGACCAUUAAUUUUGUACACACUCUUUUUUUCAUUUAAUAUAAUUUUUUUGAUUAUUGAAAAAACUUGAUUGAUUGUUCUUUUAUAUAAAAAAUAACUAUAUGAACCAUAGAAAUAGAAAAAACAAUUAUGGAUCAAGUCAUACAGCAAAAAGUUGCAGAGAUAGCAUCUCACGUAGAAAAACAAUUAGAUGCAGAGAUAGAAAAAUUAGAUAACUUGAAUAUUGAUGAUAUUGAAAAAUUACGUGAACACAGAUUAAAAGAAAUGAAAAAGAUGCAACAACAGAAGCAAAUAUGGCUCUCUCAGGGUCAUGGAGAAUAUACAGAAUUAAGCGAUGAAAAAGAGUUUUUUGAAGUUUGCAAAAAAUCAGACAAAGUUGUAUGUCAUUUUUAUAAAGAUGGAACUGAACGUUGUAAAAUUGUUGACAUGCAUCUCAAAAUAUUGUGUAAAAAACACAUAGAGACUCGAUUUAUAAAAUUGAAUGUUGAAAAGUGCCCUUUCUUAACGGGACGAUUAAAAAUAAGAGUUAUUCCAACAAUCGGUUUAGUUGUUGAUAGUAAAACAAAGGAUUAUAUAGUUGGAUUUACUGACUUGGGCAACUGUGACGAUUUUUCAACAGAAGUAUUGGAAUGGAGAAUAGCACAUGGUGGUGCUAUUAAUUAUAAUGGUGAUUUGAUGCAUCCACCUGACAAUACGAAAAUACAAAAACAAUCAGUAACUAGAAAAACUAUUCGCGAAAAGUAUUCUGAUGACUCAGAUAUAGACUCCGAUUAAGUAUAUUUAUAUUGAUUACUUGAACUUGAAAUGUUUAUAAAUUUUUUGUACUGUUUUCUACCAUUAAUACUUAUGCAUAACUUUUAAUCAAAUGCUGGAAUUUAAUAAAUAGAAAAACAUAUUCUGAUUUUAUAACAUUAUAUUUUUCGACUUAUUGUUACUGCAUAACUUCUACAUUUUCUUUUCACACAUAAAAAAAAUAAUUCUUCAUGGAA